UUCCUUCAUGGUAAUUCAUUCCCGCUCUUCUUCUUCUUCUUCUACCUUUUGUUUUAGUUACUUAUAUUAUUACUAAUUCUUGGGGAAAUGGGUGGCGGCGAGGUGGUUAUGAGGAAAUGGGUCGCGGUGUGGGCGGCGGUGGCGAUGGCGCUGCAAAUGAGGUGGUGGGGGAUGGCGAAGGGGGAGCCGCAGGUGCCAUGCUACUUUAUAUUUGGGGAUUCAUUGGUGGACAAUGGCAAUAACAAUGAUAUCACAUCGUUGGCAAAAGCCAAUUACUUGCCCUACGGAAUCGACUUCGCUGAUGGCCCUACUGGAAGGUUUUCCAAUGGCAAGACCACCGUUGAUGUCAUUGCUGAGCUCUUGGGGUUUGAUGAUUACAUUCCUCCCUAUGCAACUGCAAGAGGCCAAGACAUUCUGAAAGGAGUCAACUAUGCAUCCGCAGCUGCCGGAAUCAGAGACGAAACAGGCCGCCAAUUGGGUGGCCGGACUAGUAUGAGUGGGCAGGUGAAUAAUUACAAAAAUACAGUAUCCCAAGUGGUGGACAUACUAGGGAAUGAGGACUCAGCUGCUAAUUAUCUGAGCAAAUGCGUCUACUCCGUGGGAUUAGGCAGCAACGAUUAUCUUAACAACUAUUUCAUGCCUAAUUACUACUCCACUAGCCGGCAAUUUUCGCCGGAACAGUACGCCGACGUUCUUAUUCAACAAUAUGCCGAGCAAAUCAAGGCGUUGUACAACUUUGGAGCAAGGAAAAUGGCGUUGAUCGGAGUGGGCCAGAUCGGUUGCAGCCCAAAUGCGCUGGCCCAAAACAGCCCAGAUGGCUCAUCUUGCAUCCCACGAAUCAACUACGCAAAUCGGCUGUUCAAUGACAGGCUUAAAUCUCUUGUCGACAAUUUGAACACCAAUUUCGGAGAUGCUAAGUUCAUCUACAUCAACGCUUAUGGCAUUUUCCAGGACUUGAUAAAUAAUCCCAGAUCUUUCGGAUUUUCAGUGGUGAAUGCUGGGUGUUGCGGAGUAGGAAGGAACAACGGUCAAAUUACGUGCCUCCCGUUGCAAACUCCAUGCCAAAAUAGGAAUGAGUAUCUAUUUUGGGAUGCAUUUCAUCCUGGUGAAGCAGCAAACAUCAUAGUUGGGAGGAGAUCUUACAACGCUGAGUCCCCAUCAGAUGCUUACCCGUUUGACAUUCGCCACCUCGCUCAACUUUAAAAGACAAAAAGAAAUGUACCAAUUAUGUGUUAUCGCUAAUAUCGUAAUUUUUUUUGGCUUAUUGGUGUCAUUUGUUUUAAGGAAUCGAUCUAAUAAUGUUGUGCUUCAAUGAAGUUCAACUGAAAUAAUGGUGAACCCUAUCCAUUAUGUUUAUUUAUUUGGUUACAUCUCG